CCGGCACAUCUCCCACCGCGGCGGUGCUGGAGAGAACCUGGAAAACACGAUGACAGCCUUUCACCAUGCGGUUAAUAUAGGAACAGACAUGUUGGAGCUGGAUUGUCACCUGACGAAAGAUGAGCAAGUGGUUGUGUCCCAUGAUGAGAACCUGAAGAGAUCAACAGGAGUUGAUGUCAACAUAUCCGACCUCAAAUACUCUGAACUUCCACCAUAUCUCUGCAAGUUGGAUGUCACAUUUCAGAAAGAAUGUCACUGCGAGGGAAAAGACAACCGUAUUCCACUCCUGAAAGAGGUGUUUGAAGCAUUUCCACAAACUCCUGUCAACAUUGACAUCAAAGUGAACAACAAUGUGUUGAUCAAAAAGGUUUCGGAGCUGGUGAGUCAGUAUAAGCGAGAGCAUUUGACGGUAUGGGGCAAUGCAAAUUAUGAGGUUGUAUCAAAGUGUCUUAAGGAGAACGCUGACAUUCCCAUCAUCUUCUGUUUGCAACGUGUCCUCCUGCUUCUUGGCCUGUUCUACACCGGUUUGCUGCCGUUCAUUCCUUUCAAGGAGGAAUUCUUGGAAAUUCCCAUGCCUUCAAUCAUCCUCAAGCUGAAAGAACCUCAGAAGAUUACAAGAAGCCAGAAAUUUAUUAUCUGGCUAGCUGACACAUUGCUAAUGCGGAAAGCACUGUUUGACCACCUCACUGCUCGGGGCAUUCAGGUGUAUAUUUGGGUACUGAAUGAAGAACAAGAAUACAAGAGGGCAUUUGAUCUGGGAGCAACUGGAGUGAUGACAGACUAUCCAACAAAACUUAAGGAGUUUUUACACAAUUAUCCAGCAUAAAGGAAGAAAACCAAGGAAGUUCUUGCAGAAUAGUUU